AUGGCGAGCGCAGCGCUGGGAAAUCAGCCGUUGGUGAUCGACAAUGGUAGUGGACUUAUGAAGGCAGGCUUUGCAGGAGGAGAGACACCACAAGUGGUGUUUCCAUCUUUUGUUGGAACCACUAAACACACGCGUAUGAUGCCUGGUGGUGCGUAUGAGGGCGGCGAUGUGUUCGUAGGCAACCGGGUGCAACAGCACCGUGGAUUGUUUAAGAUUCAAUACGCAAUGGAACAUGGUGUCAUCACGGACUGGAAUAGCAUGCAUCGCAUUUGGCAGCACGUCUAUUCCAAGGAUAUGCUGAAUGUACAAAGCGAAGAUCAUCCAGUGCUGCUUACCGAGGCGCCUUUGAAUCCUGUGGCCAACCGCCAGCGUGCCGGCGAAGUAUUUUUCGAGACAUUUAAUGUACCAUCUCUCUUUGUCUCUCCACAGGCUGUACUGAGUCUUUACGCGUCGGGUCGUACCACGGGUGUUGUAUUAGACGUAGGGGAUGGCGUAACCCAUGUGGUUCCUGUUUACGAGGGCUUUACGCUACCUCACGCAAUCACAAGAAUGGACAUCGCUGGUCGGGACGUUACUCGUCACUUGCAGCUGCUACUGCGUCGGGCAGGUUAUAACUUUCAGACGUCAGCUGAGAGGGAGGUAGUGCGGGAGAUUAAAGAGAAACUGUGCUAUGUAGCUUUUAACCCUACCAAAGAAGAGCAACUUGAAGCAGAAAAAUUGGCGCUUGCAGUCAAGGAUAUGCUAAGUGCCAAAUCCGAGCCAUCUACGACAUCAGGAGAUAGUACAUCGGCGUAUUUCUUACCAGACGGCACGCUGCUCAAUAUUGGUCCUGAGCGUUUCCGUGCACCGGAAGUGCUAUUUCGACCAGAAAUUAUCGGAUCGGAAGCACGAGGUGUGCACGAGUGCCUUGUACAAGCCAUUAUGAAGUCGGAUUUGGAUUUAAGAACGACACUUUUCUCGCAAAUUAUUCUCUCAGGAGGCUCGACACUUUUUCCAGGCUUUGGUGAUCGAUUGCUCGCAGAAGUACGCAAGAAAGCGCCGAAAGAUAUCAAAAUUCGGAUUUCAGCGCCGCCCACACGAAUCCACUCUACAUGGAUCGGUGGCUCUAUUUUGGCUUCACUAGCAACAUUUAAGAACAUGUGGAUUACCAAGACUGAGUACGAAGAAUACGGUGCUUCCAUCCUGCAUCGCAAGACUCUGUAA